CCUCAGCGCUUUGCGCCUCCCUCACGCUUCCCGCCCGGAAGUAGGACGAGAACUGGCACCCGACUUGAGGCUUCUGCCAGUACGGUGACAUCACUUCCGCCCACCCGGAAGCGCAGGUACUGCGGGCUGAUAGAGAGCGGGGAUGGGUGACGGGGAGUCGGAGCGGUUUCAGUACCUGCAGACGUUGGUCACUGAGUUCCAGGACACGGACAGUGUCGAAGCCAAAGAGCAGGUCCUGGCCAAUCUGGCCAACUUCGCCUACGAUCCCCGGAACUUUUCCGACCUGCGGAAGCUACAGGUGCUGGACCUGUUCCUGGAUAUGCUGACUGAGGGCAAUGAGAACCUGGUGGAGUUUGGCCUGGGGGGUCUCUGUAAUCUCUGCCUGGACAAGACUAACAAGAGUCACAUACUAGACUCCGGGGGGCUGAAAUUGGUCAUCAAUUGCCUGUCCAGCCGUCGGGAAGAGACGGUGCUUUCGGCGCUGACCACACUCAUGUUCCUGUGCACGGCCGCCUCCCGCACUGAAGUGACGGCUCCUGCUGUGGUGGAGUGCAUGGUGCGCUUCUCCCUUUCCACCAACCGCAGGAUCAGCAAUUUGGCCACCAUCUUCCUGCAGGAUUACUGCAGCGAUAAGCAAGUGCAAGAAGCCAAAGAACUGAGCCAACAUUCGGCAUUGGGAAUCCCGCUCCCUGAAUCCACGCAGCACCCCAUCUGACUCCCGUGUCGGACAUUUGCACCCUACUAGAAACAGAUGCAGCAUGGCUGUUCUCGGAGUGUGACAAACUCUGUGUUUGAAGUGCUGGUCACUUUCAUGAUCAUGAAACAAGUUUGGGAGACAAGUGCAAGCCUUGCCGGACUGCAGUCCCCUGCAAGAUACUGUUCCGUGAUUCAGUUAUGGACUGACCCCAUGGUCCCUCGUGUAUUUAUUUCUACUGUAUUAAAAUCAUUAAAGAGGAAAAGCACUCGGUGCUGCUAUCUACACUGCUAUCCACUCUUCGUGAGUGGCCAAUGGUUGGCGAGAUUGUACAGUUGUGUUUCUUAGCUCUCCCCAGCAAAGCUUCAUGGGUUAUUCAGGGUCCAUGAAAGGGGUGGGGGAACCUUAUGGUAGGGGGUGACACUUGGGUGGAUCAUGGGGAGAGUUUUAAUAUAAUUGCAGUGGAUUAGGGAUGUGGCUAUGCAUGUGAGGGGAUUCAUUUUACCUGUUUACAAGGCCUGGAAGCACAAGAGACUGGUGAGCUAAUAAUUGAGGGGGCCCUGCUAGCUUUUAAGUAUGGGGCCCAUGAAUACCGAUGCUCAAAGAGUCCAAUAGCCAAAGAU